CUAAAAUUCAGUGAAGUGGCGGGAGAUUUGUUGAGUAGUUGUAUGGAGGAAUAGAGCCGUAGCUGGAAUAAAAGGACUGCUUCAGGAUGGACUUCAAACGUCGUAAUGGAGCCCCUGUGAAGGGUGGAGCUUCACAGGCCAAGAAAGGAAAAAUUAACACUGAAUGGGAGGAUAGUCCCUCCCAAUUUGAGGAGGAACUUGCUCUUUUCGAUGAUAUGGAUAUGGAGGUGGAGUCAGGGGAGGGGCAGGCAGGUCAUGAUGUAAUUCCAGUGGGUGAAUUAUUCUCUGCUGAUCUUAAUCCACGGUGGAAACGGCCUCAUGCACCACCUCUUCAACCAAACUCAGACACGCUCAUCUUCCAGCAGAUAGACCUAGAUUACUACCUAGGUCCUGCAGUUGCAGGGAUGCCAGGGCAGGUACAGGGAAACGUGCCAAUCGUGCGCAUGUUUGGUGUGACAGACAGUGGAAAUAGUGUGUGCUGCCACAUUCACGGAUUUGCUCCGUACUUCUAUGUUCCUUCCCCCAACGGUUUUACAAAUGCACACUUGGCUGAGUUUCAGAGAGAGCUGAACUCUGCUGUAUUGAAAGACAUGCGUUCCAAUAAAGACAACAUAUCAGUCACUGUGCUGGCAGUGGACAUCACCAAGAAAGAGAGUAUGUACAAUUACCACGGAAACCAUGCUCAUGAUUUUCUACGCAUCACCAUGGCAAUGCCACGUCUAAUUGCCCCAGCGAAGCGUAUCCUGGAGCAGGGCUUUAAAUUUGCCAACUUCUCCAUGCAGAGCUACCAGGCCUUCGAAGCAAAUAUUGACUUUGAGAUAAGGUUCAUGGUGGACAGUGAUGUGGUUGGUUGCUGCUGGAUUGAGCUUCCUAAAGGGAAGUACAAACUGAGGGAAGAGAGGACCGAAAGACAGAGCGAUUCACAAUAUCCAGGAAAGGUCUCUCUGUGUCAGCUUGAGGUGGAUGUAGCAUGGAACGAUCUGAUCAGUCAUCCAGCUGAAGGAGAAUGGCAGAGGAUCGCUCCACUCAGAGUCCUCAGCUUUGAUAUAGAGUGUGCUGGCAGGAAAGGUAUCUUUCCAGAGCCAGAGGUUGAUCCUGUGAUUCAGAUUGCAUCGAUGGUGCAGCGACAGGGAGAGAAGGAGCCUUUUAUCCGCACCGUCUUCACCCUACAGAGUUGUGCCAGUAUAGUGGGUUCUCAGAUUCUCUGCUUUACUCAGGAAAAACAGCUACUGCAGAGCUGGGCAGAAUUUGUGAGAACAGUGGAUCCUGACAUCAUCACUGGCUACAAUAUUCAGAACUUUGAUUUUCCAUACCUUCUGAACAGAGCUGCAACCCUAAAGGUACAUUUGUUCCCAUAUCUGGGCCGUGUGAGGGGAAUUAAGUCCGUUCUGAAAGAUUCCAGCUUCCAGAGCAAGCAGAUGGGCCGGCGAGAGAACAAAACUGUCAACAUGGAGGGAAGAGUGCAGUUUGAUCUACUGCAGGUGUUGCUCAGGGAUUAUAAACUCCGCUCUUACACACUGAAUGCUGUCAGCUUCCAUUUCCUUCAAGAGCAAAAAGAGGAUGUGCAGCAUUCCAUCAUUACGGACCUUCAGAAUGGGAAUGAGCAAACCAGAAGACGUCUGGCUGUGUACUGUCUGAAGGAUGCGUAUUUGCCUCUGCGCUUGCUGCAAAAGUUAAUGUGCGUCAUUAAUUACAUGGAAAUGGCCAGAGUUACUGGGGUGCCCCUGACCUACCUGCUUUCUCGUGGACAGCAGAUUAAAGUGGUUUCUCAGCUCCUGAGACAGGCUAUGAAGCAGGAUCUGGUGAUGCCAGUGGUUAGGGCAGAGGGUGGAGAGGACUACACUGGAGCCACCGUCAUAGAGCCAGAGAAAGGGUAUUACAGUAUUCCUAUAACUACUCUGGAUUUCUCCUCCCUGUAUCCCUCCAUCAUGAUGGCUCAUAAUUUGUGUUACACUACACUCCUGCAGAAAGGCCAAGUCGACAAACUGGGUCUGGCUCCAGAAGAUUUUAUAAAGACCCCCACAGGGGAUAUGUUUGUGAAGAGCUCUGUGAGGAAGGGACUUCUUCCUGAGAUCCUGGAAAAUCUGCUGAGUGCCAGGAAAAGGGCUAAGGCUGAGCUAAAGAAAGAGACUGACCCCUUUAAAAAGCAGGUGCUGGAUGGUAGGCAGUUGGCUCUGAAGAUCAGCGCUAAUUCGGUGUAUGGUUUCACUGGGGCUCAGGUGGGGAAACUGCCCUGCCUGGAGAUCUCACAGAGUGUCACUGGGUUUGGUAGACAGAUGAUUGAACAGACCAAACAGCUUGUGGAAUCUAAAUAUACAAUCGCUAAUGGUUACCAGGCAGAUGCAAAGGUUGUCUAUGGAGACACUGACUCUGUCAUGGUUAAACUUGGAGUGGCCACAGUACAGGAAGCAAUGAAUCUGGGCAAGGAGGCUGCUGAUUGGGUCUCCUCCCACUUCAUUCCACCAAUCAAAUUGGAGUUUGAGAAGGUGUAUUACCCUUAUCUGUUAAUCAAUAAGAAGCGAUAUGCAGGGCUGUAUUUCUCCUCAAAUGCAGAACAUCAUGAUAAGAUGGAUUGUAAAGGAAUAGAGACAGUCAGACGAGACAACUGCCCUCUGGUGGCCAACCUUAUCAACACGUGCCUCCAAAACAUCCUCAUUGACAGAGACCCUAAUGGAGCAGUAGCUCAUGCUAAAGAGGUGAUUUCUGACCUCCUAUGCAACCGCAUUGACAUCAGUCAGCUGGUCAUAACCAAAGAGCUCACACGCACAGCACAAGAGUAUGCUGGAAAACAGGCCCACGUUGAACUGGCUCAGAGGAUGCGAAAGCGUGAUGCUGGAAGCGCUCCAAACCUCGGGGAUAGAGUUCCUUAUGUCAUCAUCAAAGCAACCAAAGGAGUGGCUGCGUAUAUGAAAUCGGAGGACCCCAUUUAUGUGCUGGAGAACAACAUCCCUAUAGACACACAGUACUACUUGGAGCAGCAGUUGUCUAAACCUUUACUGCGCAUCUUUGAGCCCAUUUUGGGUGAGAGCAAAGCCGAGAGUGUGUUACUAAAGGGAGAUCACACACGCUGUAAGACUGUCUUGACCUCCAAAGUUGGUGGCCUCAUGGCUUUCGCUCAGAAACGAAGCACUUGUAUCGGCUGCAGAGCUGUGUUAAAAACUGAUGUGGCUGUAUGCGACUUCUGCAAAAAGAAAGAGUCUGAGCUUUAUCAGAAAGAGAUCACUCAUCUGUCAUCUUUAGAGGAGAAAUUCUCCCGUCUAUGGACUCAGUGUCAGCGCUGUCAAGGUUCGUUACACGAAGACGUGUUAUGUACCAGUCGAGACUGUCCCAUCUUUUACAUGAGGAAGAAGGUACAGAAAGAUUUAGAUGACCAGGAAAAGCUUGUCUCUCGUUUUGGCUGGUGAGAGAGAGAGUGUAAUUCUUGCCGUCUUUCUACCUCCAUCUUCAGCCUUCACACAUUCGCCCUCUUACCUCAGUGAAGGGGUAGUCUGUCACUCAAAUUUGUAAAGAAUCUUAUUUUCUAUUGGUUGAAAAAUA